ACAUUUCGAAAAUCAAGACUAAAAUUCAGAAGACUUUGAGUUGCUAGUUUGGGAAUAAGGAGCUAAUCAUUUCCUAAGAUAGGCCACUUUUACUGUUAUAUAAAAUCAAUCUGAUUUAAUUACUUGCGUUAGGAAUGGAAUUAUUUUUUAAUUUAAAAAAUUAGAUUUAGCUGAUGGCUCAAGUAUCACAAAAAAUCUCUUACAUAUUAAAUAUUUUAAAUGGGCAGGAAAGGAAGGUAAAGAGAAAUAGAAAAUUGGCAAAUGGGAGGGUUUUAUGAUAAUUAAGGUCGAUAAUAAGGAUUAUGGAGAUUAAAUUAUGAAAAUUUUUGGGAUUUGGCUUAAAUUGUUUAUGCUGGAAUUUAUGAAAGUGGAAUUCAAACACAAAAAUGGGACACUGUUCUUAACAAUAAUAAAAUUGGAGGAGGAUGUUACGAUUAUAAAGGUUAAAAGAAAGGAAAAUGGACAGAGCUACACUAAAACUUUUUUAAAUGCAACCAUAGCCAUUGUGAUGCUACGUAUGUAGGAUAGUAUUUGGAGGGAAGAAAGUAAGGAUUUUGGUAAUCUUUUUUCUCAAAUAAAAUGAUUGGGGGAGGUAUUUACAAUGAUGAUGGUCAAAAGAAUGGUUUUUGGGUUGAAUUAAGUGAUUACUUAAAUGAUCUUAAUUAGAUUAUUUAUAUGGGUACAUAUAACGAUGGUCUACCAAUUGGAAUAUGGGAGGUUUUACUAAUUUACGAUAAAAAGCAUACAUAAAUUGGUGGAGGUGCUUAUAAUGAUGAAGGAAAAAAGAAUGGUAGAUGGGUUGAUUUGUGUAGGGAUUGGUUAAAUGGAAACAAGGAAAUCACUUUGGUUGGCGAGUAUAAAAACGGAAAAAAAAUUGGGUUAUGGAAUACUUUUAAUUGGUAUAACCAAUCCAUUGGUGGUGGAGAAUUUGAAGAUGGAAUUAAGAAAGGAUAAUGGGUUGAGUUGCAUGAUAAUUGGCAUCAAAAAUGGCCUUAAAUAUCAUAUAAAGGUAUUUAUUAAAAUGGAAAAAAAAAUGGAAGAUGGGAUACUUAUGACAAUUACAAUGCAAAAGAGAAACUUAUGUUAAAUUCUUAUUAUUAUUUAAGUGGUGGUGGAUAGUUUAAAGGUGGAAUAAAAAAUGGAAACUGGAUAGAUGUACAUGAUGAAUGGAUUCCAAAUUGGAGAGAAAUUACUUAUCAUGGUGAAUAUUGUAUGGGCAAAAAGCUUGGUACAUGGAAAACUUUUGAGUAACAAGAUAGAUUAAUAGGAGGAGGAGCAUUUAAUGAAAAUGGAGCAAAGAAUGGUUAAUGGAUUGAUGCUGAUGAAAGAUGGAAUUUUUAUUCUGAGGUUAUAUAUGAAGGUGAAUAUAGGAAUAAUAAAAAAAUUGGAGAAUGGAAGAAAAUAGAUAUAUUAAAUGGUAAAAAUAGUAGUCUUGAUUGCGAAUAUUAUAAUGAAGAUGGACCGUUGAUUGAAUCUAAAUUAUGA